UGGAAUAGCCUCGGCUGCCAAAACAAGUAAUGCAAUCUUCUUAUUUUUUAUAUUUGAUGUGAAUUUUGAAGUCAAGAUUGAUUUUGCAUUUUGCUUAUGGGAUUUUGCAUCUUUCCCAUUCUUGUUUUUUUUUUCUUUCCCGUAAUAUGCUUUUUGCUUCUUUUCCAUGUUUCAGUACCCUAUUAGAGUGUAAUAAUUCUUUUCUUGGAACCUAUUAGAGGUCAUUGCUUCGUUCAAUGCUAAACUUUGUGGGCUUUUAAGCUUGAGAUUUUGAUUUGAAGUAUGAGAGCAGUGACUUUGUACUAGGAUAUGCCAAAGGUUAUAUUUGUGUCCAGCAUCCUGCCUAAGUGAGACUGUUAGUAGCCUUCUAUUAUACCUUUCAUUAACUCUACCACUAAUUCUUUUUUAUUGAUUUUAUGUAGUCAAACAUGUGACACAUCUUUUUGUUGAUUUUUCUGGUACCUUGUGGAUUAAAAUCCUUUGUAAUUUGUUUAUCUUUCCUUUUGUAAAUUUCUUGUGAAAGUCAUCAGCAUGGAUUCCUAUUUAUACAAUUUAGAUAGAUCAUGGAUAUUCUCACCAAGAAGGCUAGGAAGAGACAUAAAAUAGCCAAUUCAGAACUACCGCAAACAUUGAAAUUUUUCUUGAGACCACCAAAGUGAUUUUAUUGGGUAGCAUAUGCUCCAGAUGAUCUUGAAGUUUUGGGAUACAACUAAUAAAGCUUGUAAUUCUCUUGCAAAAUUUUGCAGCCUUUAUUAAUUGUUUGGUUGUAAAGGAAAACUGAUGAGUUUACACUCCGCUUGUUUUGGUGUAAUAUAUUUGCAGCAUUUUCCGGUGUUGGGUGGUAUGGGUAAUUUUUUGGCGUAAAAUAUUUUACUGAAAAUAGCUUAUAAAUGCUGAAAAAGGACUUCUAGAUUUUGAGAUUUUUUGGUGGAAUUCAUUUUCGACAUAUAUGUCUAAAUAAUAGAUAUGCAAACGACUAUGCUUGCAUUGUUAUAAAAAACUGUGUUACAUACAUUUUGACAUAUAUCCCCAUUUACAUAUAUGUCCAUAUUCUAGGAGUUAUGUUGCCACUGUUGCAAAGUGACCCAAAUCCAUAGUUAUUUAGGUAUUUUGUUUAAAUCACUAAUAAAGAUAAUUAUUUUCCAACGUAAUGAAACGCCUGAAAAUGUGACAAACAUGAUUUUGUUUCAUAUCAAAUGGUUCUAAUGGAAAAUAUUUUCUUGAGUAGAACGUGUUACAUCAAAACAAACAUAUGGUUAACUUAUAUGAUAUUAUAUUUUUGUCUUGUCCAUCAUUUUCGUUGUUUCUUUUUAGAAAAGUAACUUAUCCAUCAUUUUCCUUUAUUGUCAAAACUUGUAUCAUGAUCUUAAGUUCCUAUGCUGAGCAGGUAUGGGCCAUUCUGGAUAUGCAGCACCUUAAUAUUUGUGGCGGCUUCCAUUGGCACAUUUGUUACCUAUGUGGCACACAAGCUACAGAAAAAAGAAUGGAACUAUGACAUAAAUCUGGUGACUUGGUCUGCGGGUUUGUUUUAUGGCUACGUCACUAUAGUUCCUAUUUGCCUCUAUAUAAUUCUCAAAUACUUCUCUGCUCCAUCUGGUCUCAUUCAGCUGUUUUGUCUGUAUGGCUACUCCCUGUUUGUCUUCAUUCCUGCUUUGUGUCUCUCCGUCAUUCCCUGGGAAAUUUUCAGAUGGGUGGUUGCAGGGGUAGCUGGGUUCAUGUCGGCAACCUUCGUUGCACUUAAUCUCAGAAACCACAUUAAGUCUGCAGGUGAAAGGUGGUUUUUGAUUGUGGCUGGUAUCUUUCUGUUGCAGCUGGCUCUUGCCCUGGUACUGAAGCUCUACUUGUUCACAGUCACAGUAUAA